GAAGUCGGAAAGGAACAUCUCUGUCAGCUUUACUGAAAUGCCAGAUGUCGACGUCAAUAUUCUAUCGUUGUGUGGUUCUGUGUCAUCAAAUUAGGAAAACAAAUGGCGACGUCAGGGACGUUUAUCUGACAGUAGUAAACAGGAUGCACUGAAGAUGGAGGAAAUUAUGACGACUUCCCAGGGGUGCGAGUCUGACAUGGAUUGCUCGGAUAAUGAAUGUUACGAGGAUUAUUAUAAUAUAAAUGAUGACAGUGAUAUUGAACAAGUCGAUCCCAGGAAAGUAGAUCCAGAAUACUUCGAAUUCAAGUGUCUUUAUGAAGAAGAGGUAGAUAGACUGCUGAACGAAACUGUUGAAACUUUGAGCAAUAUACUACAUAUACCACCAUCACUAGCUAAGGUCCUUCUGCAUGGGCACCAGUGGAACAUUGAAGAAGUAACUAGAAAAUACCAUGAUAAUCCUUCAAAUACUUUAAUAACAUCUAAAAUUGAGCCUGUAACUACUCAUAGCAACAUAAUAAUGGGUCGGUAUAUGUGCUGUCCAGUAUGUGUAAUGCCUCACCCAGUUGACAAGUUCCAUAGUUUAACAUGUGGACAUUUGUUCUGCCGGGACUGUUGGACAAUGCAUUUUGAAGUACAAAUCAACCAGGGGAUUUCCACUGGCAUAGCAUGUAUGGCUAGGGAAUGUGAUGUAUUAGCUCCUGAAGAUUUUGUUCUAAGGCACUUAACGCGGCCAAACAUGAGAGAAAAGUAUCAACAGUUCUCAUUCCAAGAUCAUGUGAAGUCCCAUCCAGAGCUACGAUUCUGUCCUGGCCCAAACUGCUCAAUUGUUGUUCAUGGUAGAGAAAUCAAGGCGAAACGAGCUAUAUGUACACAGUGCAAGACCACUUUUUGUUUUAAAUGCGGCUGUGACUACCACGCGCCGACGGACUGCCAAGUGAUAAAAAAAUGGCUGACAAAAUGCGCGGAUGACAGCGAGACAGCCAACUAUAUCAGCGCCCAUACCAAAGACUGCCCCAAGUGCCACAUUUGCAUCGAGAAAAAUGGUGGCUGCAACCAUAUGCAGUGUUAUAAUUGUAAGCAUGAUUUCUGUUGGAUGUGCCUGGGCGACUGGAAGUCACACGGAUCCGAGUAUUACGAGUGCUCCAGGUACAGGGAAAAUCCCAACAUUGCUCAUGAAUCUGUACAUGCUCAGGCUCGAGAGGCGUUGAAAAAGUAUUUGCACUAUUACGAACGAUGGGAGAACCAUUCCAAAUCGUUAAAACUAGAGGAGCAAACUUUGGGGAAGCUGCGAUCUCGAAUAAAUCAGAAAGUAAUGUCUGGGCUCGGCACUUGGAUCGACUGGCAAUACCUUUUUACAGCUGCCAACUUACUAGCGAAAUGUCGCUAUACCUUACAAUAUACAUAUCCUUACGCGUAUUAUAUGGACGCAGGGCCCCGCAAGGAGCUAUUCGAAUACCAGCAAGCCCAGUUAGAAGCUGAAAUCGAGAACCUUUCGUGGAAGAUAGAGCGGGCUGAGACGACAGAUAGGGGUGACCUUGAGAACCAAAUGGACAUUGCAGAGAAGCGUCGUACGACUUUAUUGAAAGAUUUCCUAGACGUAUGAUACAUCCGUUAAUCGUGAUAUAGAAAGCAAUCUUCACAGCUCUGCCAAUCUUAUCAUUGGCGAGACGGAUAUUCGCGUAAUCGUGAUCAGCUUUAGAGUAUUCAAAUGAAAGAUCGUUUCCAUUCAGUCAAGGCGAAAACCUCUCAUUCGUGGUAGUUUUUCCGACUCGUUUGUGCUUGUAUACGAUCUUUCGGAUGAGCGCAUCCGCAACAGCGAGUAUGUGUAGUGAACAAAAACUUGAGAGAUAAGAAAAAAUGGGCGCCAGUGGGAUUCGAACUCGCAUCUCCUCUAUGCCGUAGAGCCGACCCAACUAAUUAUACCGCAUUCGUAGUCCAUUUACGCCCAGUCAAAACACAACGUGUCCAAAAGCGAGAUUGUACAGGUCUGUAUUUUAACUCUACUUGACACCAUUUUUACAACACAAAUGGUUAGUCCAUCUAAGAAGGCUUGUCUUGCUGAUUUAAUAGUAGAGUCAGCCCAUACUUUAUGUUUUGUAUGUCCUGCAUUCAUCCACGUUUCAUCCAAGUAAUAAAUCUUCCUGCCCUGGUCGCGGUAUUUAUUGAUUUUAAAUAAUUUCUUCUCCAUAAAAUAAACUCUUAGAACAUUAGAAAAACUUUCUCAAAAAUUUACAAAAAGAAAUGAAACAAACGUAAUAAACAACAACAGAUAACGUGCAGCUCUUAAAAUUACAAUAAAACAAAACGAUAGUGCAACAAAAACAAAAUAAAAGUAUACAAAACAAUACUAACACAAAAAUAAUUCAAAUAUCUUAUCAUCUUCACAUAUAGGACACAUAUAUUGAUUUUCGCUUUGUUGCAAAUGCCGCAAAUCCAUCUGAAGCAAAUGACACAGCAAAUCCAAUCUGGGCCUCUGUAUUUAGAAUAGAGGCAUUUACAUAUUGCACACAGAUCAUCGCUACUCUUCUCUGCCUUAGCAGUAGGUUGAGGUUUGGAGGGACCUAGGUGGGAAUUAACAUAAACCUAAACGGUAUUUUUGACAACGGAUAAUGGGAGGUUGUCUUCGUCUGAAGAAAUUGAAUCUGCAGGAAGAUUCUCAACAGGUGGCAAGCACAUUUUCCGGGCCUUGUCUUUAGCUUUUUUCCUCUUUUCCGUGAGGCGGAUUCAUCUGUUUGAGCUCCUCGAGAUCCCUUGAGAAAAUCUAAUAGACUCUCAUCGAGCAUCCUUGAUGUGGAAGAUGAAAAUAGGAAGUUUGGAUAAACUGGUGUCAGGGCUAAGUGGACAAAUUCCGGUUGUUCGAAAACCUGAUAUCCAAUUUGCCUUAGCUAGACACAGAGCCCCACAGUUCAGAGCUGGGAACUGCUCUUUCGGAAUUGUCCCCUUUCGUCUGGAUUCCUUUCUCCAAUUCUCCAGGAAUGCCUUUCUUUUCAUUGGGGCAAAGAAACUGACAUCCAGCGGUUGUAAGAGUUAGGUUGAAUUUGGUGGGAGCAGAGUCAUGUAGAUAUUAUUUUCCUUGGCAGUCUGUAUAACAAGUGGGGAGAAAUGCGAAGCAAGGUUAUCACCAAUUACAAUUGUUCGUUCAUCCUUUUGACUAUGUUCCUUGAUAUGUGGAAGCAAAAUAUAAAAAACCACUGUUUGAAUAGGUUCAUGUCGAACCAACCACUUUUGCUAUGGCUAUACACCGUUCCAGCUGGCCUACCUUGCGUCCAAUUGUUAUACAGAUUCUGGGAUUUGUACACUACCAUUGCUGGUAGAAGUUCGUCAUCUGCCGUUCCGCAUAUCAUAAUACUUACAGAAGUCCUCGAAUGUUCCUUGAUUCUCUCCAUUCUUUUCAUGCCUCUCGGAACGAGAACCCUUUUAGAGCUCGGGUCGUCGGUGAUAUUUGUUUCGUCAUAACUGUAGAUAUUUCGACGAGGAGCAUUCACUAAAUGAGGUUCGAUAUUUGUAAAAAACAUACGAAUUGCACUUUGGCCCACAGAUGCCCGAUUUAGUUUUAUAUUUGUGGCUAGCCUUACGCGUAAAUUGUUUCUAACUGCGAAGCUUCUCACAUAGUCAUAUCCUGGUCUGUGAUCUUUCCAUAUUUGUACGUUACGCCCCUGUUCGUUGACAAAACCAGAAAUAACGGAUGCAAUAUCACUACUGGUCAGAUAUCCCCACUCACUAACAGUGUUUCACUAAUUAAACUUUCGUCUUAUUUUGUCAAUAUCAUCGGAUGACCAACUUUGCUUGUAUCUUUUCCGCUAUUUCUCUCCAAAAGGGUUGUUCUUGGAACCUUGUAUUUUAUACUAGCUGCUUUCCUACUCGUACCACUCCGUACUGCUGCAAUUGCAUCCUGCAUAUUUGUUUCAUUGAAUUGACGAUAUCGCCUACCACCCACCUUUUUAACGUAAUUUCUGACCAUUUUUAGCCUAAAUAUUAUCAACCUCUCGACAGUCGUAACCUGUUCUAAUCCGCCUUUUGGGUGGGGGAGACAAUUUGUCGUUUUUUAUAUAUUAUUUGAGAAUGUUGAAAAUUGUCUUAGGACAUAAGCCUGUUUUGUUGCCACACGUCUUUCAAUAUCAUGAAUUUUCAUUUCAGGAUGCUCUAAAAUUUCGCUCUUAUAAGGGUUAUAAAGGAAUAUUCAAAUGUCCCUUCUUGUCACGUUGUCGGGGGCGAGACAUCACUGAAGAGGAAGCAUGGCUGAAGGAAGCGUUGGGAGAAAUAUUAUCAGUUUCAUCUGCUGUAUCCGUAGACGACAUGCAGGCGUAUAAACACACGCUAUGUACGCACCGAAUAUGAACAGCAGCUGCCGGCGUCGGCGUGCCGCCGAUACCCCGAGCCUGAGUUCUAUCCUAUCGAAUCCUGCACUUGUUCGUAGUUUUGUCCGAAUGACCAAUAACUUUUGCAAUGCUUAGGCGGCUGCCGCUUUGCCGCGCUACAUCUUUGUUGUGCCGGGGCGUAAAUGGACUACGAAUAGGGUAUAGCCUACCAACUUUCAGAAUCGACUGUUAGACGCAAAUUCAAUCCUAUUCACGUCACUGUUCCUUUGUUCUGCCAAGCUGCUUGAUGCCCCAUGUGGCGGCGUUUAAGUGCCUGCUUGCGAGGGAGUAUUGUAAUCGCGAAAAAGAGAUCUUAUGUUAAUAUGUACAUCACGAAAAAUCAUGUCACUCAUUCCUGUCGGUCUCUCUGUCUGUCAGUUGAUAGUAUAACUUGGGAAGUACUGCUCGGAUGAAAUUACACAAGGUUACUGCCAAGGACGAAAAAGUUUUGUACGUUUUAAUAAUCGAUCCUGUGGCGGCGGAGCUACGGGACAAAAAACGAACAUUUUUAAAAAAAAAUCGUUGGUUUUAAAAAGUGGGGGUUGGGAGUUGCAGAGGGUUGAAAAAUUGAAUUUGAAACGGUAAUUAUACCUACGCACCUAUUAGACAUAUUUCACAUGCCAUACAUAAAAAAUUAAAACUUGAGGUAAUUAAAUUGAUGCGUGGAUACCAUAUUUUAUAGUAAAAUUGGCAGAUGAAAAUGUCAAGAUGGCCGCUGGGCGCCAUCUUGGAAAGAAAAAUUAUAUGAAAACGGGGUUCUUGUGGCACAUCAUUUUGAAGCUCCUGACGAGUACUUUAUAACCCUAGAAUAUAAAGUCAAUACCUUUACCUACAAAAUGGUGGUACAGUAGAACCCAGAUUAUACGUGCUCCACGGGACCGAAGGUGGCACGGAUAAUUGAAAAGCACGGAUAAUCCGAACAUUUAUUUCAUAUAUACCUACCAUAAAAAGAUAACAGAAACAAUAAAUCCCAUAAGUUCAAACUAACUUUUAUAUUGUAUAAACACAAAAAAACAGAUUUCUACAUAAAUAUUAUUUCACACUAAAUACAUACAUAAUAAAAAUAAAAAAAUCAAUAGGUAGGUUACCUUGCAUUUACCUAAAGCGAAUUGUAUUUAUUUUAAGUACAUAAUUAUGUUUUCGAAUAAAAGUCAGUCACUUUGGUCUGUGUCAAAAGUCUUCGAUUAUUUUUAAUCAUCUGACGUAUUUUGCGCAAGUUCAAAAUGUCUACAAGGUCCGAAGAUUCUUGUUGCUCCAAAUAGUCUAGUAGAACGUUGGCAGCUUUCUCAGCCUCCUGGUUAGUUACUCUUUUGAUUGAUACCGUUCCAUCAUUCUCUUUUUCUUGACUCUCAUUUUCGGAUGAAUCAGAUUGUGACGUACCGGGCUGAUUCAAAACUUGUUCGACAAUACCAUCGUUGCUGAGGAUCUGAUAACCUGGCUCAUGUUUGUCACACGGUGUCCACCUCUCAACCUCGGUGUCAUCAAUGUCUUUAAAUUUAUCGGCGUUGCGCACUAAUGCAGCUAGUUCAGCUAUAGUAGUUUCUUCGUCUUCGGACUCCAUGAUGCUUUCAUCUUCCUCUAGCGUCAUUAUUUUAUAAAAAGCUCUUUUGAAAGUCAUGUCUUUCACUCCACUCCAUGCGUUUGCCACUGUAAAAAUUGCGUCUUUGAUCGUGAACGAUUUCCAAAACUUCAUCAGAUCAACUUCAUUAAACAAGUUCAUCAUAAGUUCUCUUCGGUAGAGCCAUUUCAUUGUCUCAAUAACACCCUGAUCCAUUGGUUGAGCGAUUGAUGUAACAUUGGGUGGAAAAAAAAGAACAAAGAAGUUUCCAUCAUCAGACCUUAGAGCUGCCUCAUUGGGAUGAAAACGAGCAUUAUCGAGAAGAAGAAGCGCCUUUUGUGGCAAUUUUUCUUUCUUCAGAUUAGACUUUACUUCAGGAAUAAACUUUUUAUGGAACCAAUCUUGAAAGAUGUCACAGGUUAUCCAGGCAGCUUGCUGGUUAUAAUAAUGAACUGGGAGAUUAUCCGGUUUCAUGUUUUUAAAAGCGCGAGGAUUUUUCGACUUUCCAAUCACAGUCAGCUUUAGUUUAUGGUUGCCAGCAAUUGGCACAACACAACACUGUUAACCGAUCUUUACUUUUCUUAUAUCCCGGUGCACUCAUCUCAUUACUUGCAGCCAAGUUUUUUGUAGGUAUUGCUCGCCAGUAUAACCCUGUUUCGUCAGCGUUAUAAAUUUGAGAAGGUUGUAGAUUAUUUUCUUUAAUUAGGGUCUCCAGUUCAAAAUUCCAUCAUCGCUUCUCCGUCGGCACUGAGCUUUUCGCCUUGAAUGGUAAGCUCCCGAAUCCCGUGAUGUUUUUUAAAUCGAUGCAGCCAACCACUGGCUGAAAGGUUCUUGGAUUUUCAAACGUUCGUGAAAAAUCUCCGCUUGCUUAGCGUACAUUGGACCAGAGAUUGGUACGCCCUCCGAUCUUUUCUGCAGAAACCACUUGGAAAGUGCUUCAUCGAGUUGCUGAAAAGUCGAUCCUUUCAAUGAUUUCCGUGAAGAUAUGUUCUUAAGUUUCUGUUCAAUCGUUAAAACAUUUCUCUUACGUUUAACACUCGUUGCCAUUUUGAAAACAAAGUCACGUGUUAAGAAUAUAUUACAGCAGAGUAGCAACUUGUCUCUUGUCUCUAGCGCGUAACUAAACUAAAUUUCACACAUUCGGUGUAACACGCAUCGGCAAAUGAAAAUCGAAUGGGAAGAUGUUUACGUAGGUAACGAGACAGUGCUUUGUCAAAGGCAUACGUAGGAUUAUUAACCGCCGAUACUACUAUACGUAAUGGAUUGUCUUGACUAAUCCAUAUGCUUUCGCAAUGCACGUGUUGUCUAUUCGGGUACAUAUGUAUAUAUUUAAAGCAGUCAUCAACCUCGAAGGCACCUUUUUCAUUCCAACUUUCGAUCAGUCCUUUCAUACCUUUUUUCAAUGCAGGUAAAGGACUUUUAUUGAGCAAUUUAUAAUAUUUAUUAUCACCUAGUGCGAUUUCCAUUUUCUGGAUGUACGCGUCUUUGUUAAUAAUCACCUCAAAAAUGCAAUUUGAAUAAUGGGAAAUCAUGGCGCGGAUAAUCCGCAGUCCGGAUAAUCGCGCACGGAUAAUCGAGGUUCUACUGUACAUUUAAUAAUCACAUGAAUACAUUGACAUUUAACUAAAUAAAUACGUUGAAUUCAGUUUAGAAGAUGCUGUAAAUGGUUGCCUUGAACUUCUUGAUACAGUAACAGCCGGAUCGUAAUUUCGCGUCGAACAUUUUCAAACAUAGUAAUAUCGAUAUUUCUAUAAAUAUUUGUUAGUCUCAGCCGUAUAUCCAAUAUUGCAGCAGGUUCAGUUUUGUCCACCUUUUGCAUCAAAUAGCCCCAUAAAAACAAGUCUAAAGGUGUCAAAUCUGGCGAGCGAGCUGACCAUUACACAGGACCUCGACGGCUAAUCCAACGACCUGGGAAAUUGUUAUCUAAAUAAUUACUAACUUGUCUGGAGUAGUGUGGUGUAGCACCAUCUUGCUGGAAUACAAUAUCAGUAUCGAAUUCAUUAGGAUUUGCUUCGACGAUUUGGGUGAUUAGAGGGUCAAUAGUAUUUUCGAGCAUAUUAAAGUUUGUUCGAUGAAUAGAGGCCCCACAAUAUGAUUUCUCAAUAUCCCAACCCAAACGUUAUUUUUUUGUAAAUAUUGAGUGAGGACUGCUUUCACUCCAAUAACGACAAUUUUGUCUAUGUACAUUACCGUUGAGAAAAAACAUUCAUCACUAAAACCAAUAUUUUGGAUAUAGGUAGGAUGCCGUGCAAUGGUUUCCGUCAUAGUCUCGCAGAAUUCAGUUCUUCGAUCAGGGUUCUUCAGUUAGUUGAUGUACCAUUUGAAUUUUGUAUGUGUUAUACUUAUUCUUUUUCAAAAGUCUCCAUACAGUAGAAGGACAAACCUCACAUACAUUCGCGAUGGAGGAAGUAGACUGUUGGGGAUUCACUAUGAUUCGGGAUGGUCGGAUGACCUGGGGGCUUUUUGUUGUUUACACUACCAGUAGCUGUAAAUUUAGAUACAAGUUCCCUUAAAUAUUUUCUACAGAUAGAACGAUUCGGGAAACGAUCAUUAAAAAUCCGUUCGGUCUCGUGAAGGUUACGCGUUGCACCAUAAAUAAAAAUCGCUUCGAUUUUUUCUUCCAAUGGACGACAAUUGACCAUUUUAAAAAUAGUUCAAACAGUAUCUAGCACUAAAACCGAAAACUAAAUAAGAAUAUUUUAACUGCAGAAUGAUGUUUGUUUUCGUACUGAUAUUCUUGUCACUGUCAACAAAAAAUAACAAAACAAGUUUUUAUCGCUGUUGCUGUGGAUACGGCAGGAAGUUACAAUUAUUUGUAGAGAUAUGUAUGUAUGUUAGUGGGUUUGUGUUCAUGUAGUUAUUAAAUGUACCACCAUUUUGUAAUUGGUAAACGUAUUGACUUUAUAUUCUAGGGUUAUAAAGUACUCGUCAGGAGCUUCAAAAUGAUGUGUCCAGCGGCCAUCUUGACAUUUUCAUCUGUCAAUUUCACUCUAAAAUAUGAGUUUCAUUACCUCAAGUUUUAAUUCUUUGAUUGAUCCGUUCAAAAAUUAAAGGGGAGGGGGACAUUAAAGAAAAGCACUGUAUACCCUUAAAGCUUGCACUUGCCGUACGCUACGAACUUACUUGGGUGCCCAGAAAUUUCUGUCUGCACCUUUCGUGUAAUUUCUGAGCGCCAAACUGCUCGAGCUGGCCAGCAUAGCAUGGCUGGCGUUGAGAGAUGAUCGAUACUUUCACUAAGGGCAGCAAUAAACCUCUAGACUGCAGCGUUAUCAAGUUCAGCUUAUUUGUUCAUUAUACUAAAGGGUGAUCCAUAUGUUGGUUAAUUAUUAAGUCGAUGAUUAAAAUGAAAACGCAGAGUUCUUUUUCCAAACGGGUUUUUUAUUUGAGAGUACUUUUCUUCCGGUUAAUGAUGAAACAAUCUCAUUCAUAUGCGCGCCACGGCUGAGCCUGACGUAGCCGAUUCUGUCGACUCAAUUUUUCAGUAUAUUUUCCAAAGUCUGCGGCAUUAUUUCACCAAUGGCUGCAUGAAUGCUGGUCUUCAAGUGCUCAUUCGUCGCUGGGGCAUCCCCAUAGAAUUUAUCUUUUACGCUUCAAAAAAUAAUCCAACGGAGUUAAAUCGCAGCUUCCCGGUGGCCAAAGUCACAUCACCAAAACGGCUGAUUACGCGAUAUUCGAAAUGUUCUUGAAGAAGAGCGAUUGUUUCACGGAUUGUGUGGCAGGUCGCGCCGUCUUGCUGGAACCACACGUCAUAUGAGUCUUUUUAUCGGUUUCCGGAAAGAAAUAGUUAGUCAGCAUGCUCCGAUAGCAUCCACCAAUGAACGUAACGGCGCGUCCUUUGUCAUCGUCGAAAAAAAAGGGCCAAUAAUGCCACCAGACCACAAACCACACCAAACAGUCACGCGUUGCGGAUGCAUGGCUUCUAGGUAAUUCCAUUUGGCUAUUCUAAGCACCAAAUAUGGCAAUUUUUCCAAGCGUCCAAUUUUGAGUGCUUCCCAACGUUGUUCAAGCGAUUAUCAAUCCAAAUUCGUUUACCGCAGACUUUACUAAAUUCCUAUCAAAACAGAACUGAUGUAAGUGUUGCCAACCGUGAGAUAAACCCUAGUUCAAAAAUUGACCAACAGAUGAAUCACCCUUUACAUACAUUUAAGUGGACUAUCUUGAGUGGGGAGCGUUUCUGUGCCUACAACCGCUUGGCUCCUUCUAUGACAGUUUGCAACAGUUUGAUCUCCAUCUCAUAUUCUUUUUUAGCAUUUGACGCUUCGUCAACAAUAUCAGUUGUCUUUCUAUAGAAUUUCUUGAUGGAUUCAUCUUUAUACUUUUCUUCGUUUGAUAGCUUUCUGAUUCAUAUUCAAAUACAAGGUCCGUCAGAAAGAAAGCAUGUUUUUUAAAUGAGUAGUACCGUCAAAAUAAGUAUGGGAAAUAUAUUUUAUUAUAUCAAAAUACUCAGAAAUACAUUCCAUUUUUUGAGUAAAACAAAAUUUACGUUCUAAACACUAUGUCGGCCAUAUGGAGCCCUUGACGUACUGCACCAUCAUUCUAAAAGCAUCAUCAGGCAUCAAUUUGAUGGUCUGAAAAUCUUUCUGAAAAUAAAGCCAUUGUUUACAUUUUCAUUGUUAGUUUGGCAGUGUGAUACAAAUUGUCAACGUCAAAGUAAAACAUCAAAAAACACGGGCAAUUCAAUGCACCUAUUAGCCAUAUUCCACACAUCACAGACUUCCUCGUACAUUUGAUAACUGGGAAUGCAAGUUCUUGAGUAACUUUUUUGCUAAACUCCACUGUUUCUGAGUUGUAAACGAUUGAAAGUGUGAAAGACCUUAACAAUUACCGUUUUCGUUGAUUAAAAACUACGUUUUUCGAGGAUCUGACGAAUGGUGUCUCCUUGGACUUUGAACAAAGAGUAACGCUUUCCCCGGGAACAUUCACGGUAGGAUUUAACAUUUGCAUUCCACAGACGGCUGUAACAGUUGCUGUCACAAGUUUUCGAAAUUUGGAGAAUCUUGAAUAUUUUCAACCAUUGUACGAUUUCCGGCAUUUUCAAAGCUACCGAAAUUUUCAAAAUAAUGUUAAUUUUGAAGGUUUUCAACAUUUCGGCCGUUUUAAAAAUGUUCAAUAGUGAAACUAUUGAAAGUUUAAAAUAUCUUGAAAAUAUUGAAUAUGGUGGAUUUUUUUAGAGAUUCAUAUAUUUCGAAAUUUUUGUUUUUUUUAAAUCCCUGAAAAUGUGGAAAAUUGUGCAAAUUUCGAAAAUUUUGAAAAUUCUCCAAAUUUUCAAAACAUGCGAUGACUCCAUUUUGGGCUUAGUUUAUGUUGAAUAAAGCCAUGUUAUUCAACUGUUGAAAACGCGCUGGGCCAUAGCGCAUUAUUAACAAUCAGUUGGUGUGCUCAAAUAAACUAAGCUCAAAAAAAUCAUCUGAGUCUUGAAAUGGAAGGCUUAAGCUUUUUACAGAAACCUGGCAACUUCAAAAAUGAUAACUUUCAACGGAGUUUUUAAGCAUUGAAAAUGGUUUUUUAGAUUAAAUCGCUUAUGUCUCAAAAACGGCCAACCUUAGAUGAAAACUGAGGUCACUUGAAAAGGAACGAAAAAAAGUAUUUUUGUAUUCAUCUUAAUUGUGUACACAAAGUUGUACCGCGUUAUGCCGGGGGAUUCAUGUUAACCCCUUAUUGCGUGAUUUUGUUAUUUUCGAUGGGAAAUAUAUAGGUACAGGUUGCGCCAUCUUUUAGUAUGUCGGUAUGUAAACAUGAAAUAACUUUGAAAACGAAAAACUGAUUUCUAUAUAUUGGGUAUUUUUAUUAAAUAUGGUCCUUUACAAUUUAUUGGGACUAGUUUUUGAACACAACAUCUAUCAAGUGGCCACCUUUAUUGGCCAAAACAAACUGUGCCCGUUUUGCUGCUUUUUCCAUUACUUUUUCGAGCAUCUCUGGAGGUAUAUUGGCGAUUGCGGUACGAAUGUUUGCCUUGAGUUCUUCAGUGGUCUGGGGCUUGCUGGCGCACAAUUGACUUUUCAAAUAACCCCACAAGAAGUCCGGUGGGAUCAAAUCUGGAGACCUGGGUGGCCAGUCAAUCAGACGUUUUUCGUUGCAGAAACUGGAUUGUUUAAUUUGCAGUGUGGCAUGGCGCACCGUCUUGUUGAAACCAGUAACCAUUCCUUUUUCACGCAUUUUUGGGCAGACAUAAUGAACCAACAUCCACCGAUAUCGAUUUCCAUCGACUGUUUCGUUUUCGUUGAAUAAAAAUGACCCAAUGAUGGUUUUGGCGCAAACGCCGGCCCAAACAGUCACUUUCCGGUCCUGCAACGGCAUUUCGUGGAUCUCAUGUGGAUUUUCCGUCCACCAAAUGCGGCAGUUUUGCUUAUUAACGCCGCCAGAGAGCGUGAAAUAGGCCUCGUGGGUCAUCACAAUUUGCUUCCAAAAAUCAGGUUCAGCAUCAACCAUGCCAGCGACAGCUUAGGCGUAUUCCAAGCGACGUGGACGGUCAGUUGGCAAUAUUUUUUGUGUUAACCUCACCUCAUAAGGAAACAAAUGCAAAUCAUUCUUCAAAAUGCGCCGCAACGUGGUUCCACUGAUGCCAAAAUGCAGAGCGCGGUGACGAUACGACACUUUUGGGUUCUGGACAAUGCUGUCUCUGACCGCUUCAACCUAUUCAUUGGAACGUCUUGGUCGUUGAUGAACGGUAUGUUGACGAUCUCCCACUAUCCCGUACUCAAGAAAAUUCGAAACCGAACGACGGAUAGUGUUGUCAGACGGUGCCUGUUUGCCACGAUAUUUUCGACGAUAUGCACGUUGCGUUAACACAACUGAACGACGAUUUUCAAUGUACUAUUUCGGCGCGUUGUUUCGGUGUAAAGCGAUUCAUGACUGAAAUUGUAGUAAAUUGACGUUUCAGAAACACGCAUAACCAAAUCACUCGGUUGGUAAAUAUCAAAGUCAUUCGAUGUUUCAAUACCGACAUAAAAGAUGGCGCACCCGUUAUGAGGUAGAUCAAUCUGCACAAGUUAGAUAAAAAAUAAUUAAAAAAAUAUAUAUUAGAUUUUUAUUGAAAAAUUUACAAAAAAAGGAUAUGCAUCAUACAUGAAACCCAAUGCACUAACAACCAGUGUUAUUCGGUGUGGAAUCGUUGGUAACAAGUUCAGUCUUUAUUUAGGCAGAGUGGUACUUGGCAUUUUACACAAUAAAUAUAUUUAUUUGCAGUUUGAAUGUUUGCAUCGAUUCCUUUCAUUUUCUCUCCAUUCUGGCAAAUGAUCUAUUCCUAGUUAUUGCUGAUUUAAUUUCUUUAGUUAAGAAGAACUUGAAGGACUCUUAUAGCGGUUUUGAAUUAGUAACUUCUAGAAGCAUAUACAGAUUGCCGGUAAAUUCUAGAUCUUUUGGAUCUUUCACGAGAUUUCCGGUUCUCCAGGAUCCUGGAAUCAUUUUCUCUGCAAUUUCAUCUAGAGUCAUAUUUUCACUAUCGUCAGACUCUACAUCUGUUUCAGAAAUGACCGUCUUAUCAUGAUCUUCAGGCUCACUGUUAUCGUCGCUGUCAAAUGCUAAUAUAUUAUUAGGAAUUAUUGGUUUAUUUGUGUCUUCGUCGUCUGACAAUCGGGGUCACCACUUUCAUUAUUUUCCGGUACAUCCGUAACAUAUUUACUGCUUCAUUACUACUCAUAAUCGCAUGAAAGAGUAACGAAUAAACUGUGAACAGGUAUUAUUUUCUAUCACCAAAACAUACGUUUUAUUUAUCAAAAAUGCCACAUAAAAUCGAAUAUAUUGACUGCUCCAUGAAACGCACGAGUGUCAACUUGCAAACUGCCAGAAGGGCGUAUGUUUAUCCCUCGGUCUAAAAUAUGAGGCACCAUGCUGUUUUUCGCUCUUUAAAUUCUAGAGCUUUAAAAAAUAUCAAUAUUGGUACGUACCGCAUGUGACUAAGGAUGCAAUAUGGGGUUAAGAGGCAUGCAAAAAAGUGAUAAGGGAAAAUCGAGUCGGAAAAUUUCUCCUACAAAUUCCAGGUUUUUGCCUUGUCUAAUUGGUUUUAGGUUAGGAAGAGAAAUACGCUAUUGAGGCGUAAUUAUGACGUCAGAUUAUCAUAACUUUUCAGGUUGAAUUUAAGAGCUUUUUGAAAAUAAUUCAGCCAAAAGUAGUCUUUAAAUAAUCGCUUAUCAUUUUAGUCUUUCUUACAAAUAAUUUUUCCUAUGUCCUAUGAAACUAGUCAAAGAACUCUACAGACUCUCUCAUAUUCUAUAUUAAUUUGAUUUUAUUAAUUGCGAUGAUAUUGUAUUAUGAGAAACAUUUUCGACCAGCGUUGUAUAUACUUUUUUUUGUCUGGUUAUAAUAUCGGGAUUGUAGAGCGAUCCAGGCUUUUUUAUAUAUAUAUAUAUUGUUUUUUGUUGUGACACGAAGUUAGAAACGUCUUUACCAGUUUCCAAGAUUUUUAGCUUUUCAAUAUUUGACUUUAUUCGUGUGAUUUAUGAUGUUUUUAAACAUAUGUAUAUAUAAGAUAAUAAUGAUAGCAAUUAUUAAAAAACGAAAAUGUAGAUGUCAACGAGUGUGAUAGUAACAGUAACACCAGUUGGUAUUAUACAGGGUGUUUCUAUUCCUCAAAGGGAUACGAGCAUGUAAAAGAGUGGAUGUAUACUAAAUGACAUAGAAAAUGCAACACCGACCAGAAGUGCUGUAAUUUUGAUCAUACUUUCACAGUUUUAGGUCUACUGAUAAAUAGAAAGUGAUUAAAAUUUUAACUCGAAAUUUCGAAAAAUAGCUGAGAUAUCCCACCUUAAUGUUAAUAAUGUGUUGAAGCUCCUCUGUUCGCUACAUAUUCGUUAAGUCGUCGCGACAUUGAUUGGAUUAGAUUGGUGUAUUGUAUCCCAGGACAUUAGAAUUUGGUUUCGUAGAGCCUCCAAUGUUUGUGGAGGGUGCGGUGAAUUUUGCAACCUUCUUCCCAUCAUGUCCCAUACAUGUUCGAUGGGGGAAAGGUCUGGAGAUCGAGGAGGCCUCUGAAGCAAAUUUUCUUUGGACGCUUCUAAAAAGUAUAAACCAACACGUGCGACAUGAGGUCGUGUAUUGCCCUGCUGAAAAUAGAUUUUGCAAUGUUUCCAAAAAGGGAAGCAGUUGUGGUUGUAAAACUUUAUGGACGUAGCAGUCAUGCUACCUCGAAUGAACGCUAAUCAUGACCUGCUGCAGUAAGCAAUGGCACUCCAUACCAUAACACCCACAGUACGAUAUGCCGUUCGAUGGAAUAUUGGACGUUCACCGCGUCUGCCUUAUCAAGAAAGACCUCCGUAUCUCCACUUGAACAAGUUUUGAGAAAACCGCGGUUAAAGAUGUUUGCUGUUUAUGUCUUACUUUUACUUGACUAAUAAAAUGAAAUCAUUCAUCAUAUCGACCCAUGCAACGAAGACUAUUGUAAGUCAGUUUUGAUUGAACCGAGAUGCAGGCCUCAGAAGAUUUUCUAAUGAAUCUCGUAGCAAGAAAAAUGAUGAUCCUGUCUAAAAUAUCUCGGACAUCCUAGUAGCCAUCAUACAUAAAGGCUUAUAAUUCGUAUAACAAUACAAACUCGCAUAAAAAGACGUUUUUUUGAUAAACUUUGUUGACUUACUAUAAUGUUUCGAUGGAUCAAUUAAGGAAAAAAAUACACUUACUAUAAACUCAUUAGGAUAUUUAUUGAAAUAUUACGGUAUUUCUCAAACGAUCUAUCGAAUAAAAUAUGUUCAAGGCUAAUUCGAAUCACUCAAAGAUUCGUCUUCGUGUUCUUCACUAUCAUCAUUCUCAUCUUCUGUAUAUUCAGCAUUAUUAAUAUUCUGUACUUUUGUAUUUUCUUAUCUUCCUUGCCUUUAAGAGAGAAAUAAAAAGCGUGGUAUCCCUCAGGAAAGCUCGGAAGACCAUUUGAUUUUGGUUUACAUAGGUCUAAUAAACCAUUCAGUUUUAUAGCAUCUACUGGAAGCAAGCUUGUGUACAGUAAAGGUAGUUCCUGAAGCGUAUUAUCUUUCGUUCUCAUCCUUCGAUUUUAUUAUCGUGAGAUCAUGAGCAUAUUUAUACUUGAAUUUUAUUUCAUGAGGCAUGUCUGAGGAAAAGUGUAUUUCCUUUACCCUACUUAUCUUCAACUUUUCUCCGCAGUCGUCUUUGUUACAAUUUUCCGAUUUUAUCUUUUGUUUAAAACUCACAAAGUCAUUCUGGGAUAUCUCUUUCACAAUCCAGUUACUUUCGCCAUGCGAAUCAACAUGAUCCAUUGAUCGGGGGUAUAAAUUGCCGGUUGUCGCUUUUUGGCGUUUUCCUGACUCCUUUUUCUUUUUGAUUUUUCAAAAAGCUCAAAAUACAACUGCUUAUUUCGUUUGGUCCUCUCUUCGCAAUUACCUCAUGCCAAACAUAACAGUAGCCUUCAUGACUUUCUAUAUCAUAAAUUGUAAAGUUGUAUGUGGCGAGCUGACUCUUGUAAUAGAAGUCGCUCACUGCAGAUUGGGGUGUCAUGAGGACUUUUUGUAGGUCAAAACAAGCGACACAAACCGACUUAUCAUUGAUCGCCGUGUCGUUAUCUGCAUCUUUCAAGGCUCUAGCGGCUUUCUUAUUAGAAAGGUGUUUUUCAUACUUUUCUUCUAUUUUUGUUUACCUACUGGACCUUCUAGUUGAUAGAUACAGAGGCUGCACACUCCUUUUUUGGUUUAAAGAAUGCUAAUUUAAAUUCGGCAUUGAUAACCUCUCUAUACUGUCUCAAAGUACCCACUUCUUUAACACUUUUUUCUUGCAUGUAUUUUAAGUAUAGUCGGUGUCUUCAAAGUACAUUUUUGUCGAUUUCUUUCUGGUGUAGUGGGCAGGCAUCACAGGAAAGAGUUUAAUGUGCUGUCUAAUGCCAUUUAAGAUACUUUCAUCAAUUUUGUUUGGUUUUGUGGAAUGCUUUCCUCUUAUAUCUUUUUCAAGUGAGCCUGUUUUUCCAAUUUUACUUAGAGCAGUUGCCACCCACUGUUCUGAUAUCCCAUGAAAAUUAAGGAACAUAGCCUUGCAGACCGUUAUUUCAUUAUUAUUGACAGUAAGCAGAUAUUUUCUGGAGAAAUUCAAUUUGAUAUAGUUUUCACCGGCGGCAAUGUCGGUUAUUAACUGGUUACCUAUACCUUUGUGGCUUAUUCUUGCACCAAAGAGAGCCUGAUUAUAGCUAUCGAUACAAUAUAUUAAGUCAAAACCAGUGAUUUUUGAGUUACAGGGGUCGAUAUAAUAAUUUAUAAUAUAAUAGCAAUCAUUUUUAAGAAAAAAAUAUGCAAAACUAGGCCACAGCUAUUAGUUAUGCGAUAUACAGGCUAAGAAAGCAACUCAUUAUGUUAAGAAUAAAUAAUUUGUUAAAACUACGUAUAAUUCAAAUUCGGCUUAAGCUUGGUUUUGAAUAUGUAAUUAUGAUAAAAAUUCAGUUUAGCAUGAAAUUCCUUUGAACGUUUUCUGAACUUCUGUUACACAAUGUAUAUUUUUAAUAGCAUUUAAACAGUAUUUUAGUUUUGGGUGCUUUUGGCGAUACUGAUACCAAGUAUGGAUUUCGGCCUUCUUGGAACUACGCUCGACAACAUCUCAUUACAGAAGCUUCGUUUCGAUUCACCCGAUUAGCGAUUUUUCUAAAAAAAGCUUCACGUAACCCGAUUAUCCGACCACUCUCAAACUGGGAAAGGUGAGUGAGAAAUUAGCCCGUCUGCGAAACCUAGGCAUGAUAAUCCAAUGAAAUAAAUGGAACUAAUACAGAAAAAUCACUGAAUAUCAAGUAAACAUAUUCAUAUUGUUCGGAUCCUGAUAUGCCAAAAAAGUACUGCUCGGAAUGCCUCCAACAUUUUAUCAGCGUAUACUUCGGUGAUAGCAAAUAUGUUUACAAGUUUUCAUCAAAAUUCAAUAAAUAAUUCUGGGUGUUUCAUUUUUUAUGUCAGUUAGUUUAUAAAUCGUGUUUUUUAUCGCUACUAACCCGAGAAAUCGCCAUUAUUGACCGCAUUCUCCAAUGAAAAGUAACUUUUCUCGCCGUAGGUGAAUAGUGAUAAUAAAAAAGCACCUAGCAAAAUAAUACAGGCCCACAAAAGUGAGCCGAUUCUCUUACCUAGAAGCUAGAGUAUACUUUGUCGAAGGUUUUUGUUCCGCUCAUUCCGAAUCCAAAUCUCCCAAUUGGCUUUAGUUUUCGAUAAAUCCUAACAUAACAGUGCAAAAAUACGUUUUUGCCUAUAUUUGAGGAUAUGCAGCAUGUCGAGUAGUAGUAGUUUAGUUUUUUUUAGGUGACGAUUUCUCAAAAACUAACUCCGGGAAAGCAUACUCUGGUUUCUGGGUAAAAAUCUUGUCGGUCUGUAUAACAAAUGAUAUUUAUGAUUAAUUGUAUACUGUCGGCUUUAUUGUCAGUUUUACAACUUAUAUUCCACAAUAUUUAGUAACUACUGAGAAAUAACUAAUGGUGGGCAUUGUUACCGCUAAUAUCCAAAAUCCGCUAAUAUGCAUAAUAGCUACACAUAAUAGGAAUUAUGCGUAAAUACUAAAACCGUCGGUUAGUAUGCAAAAUAACGGCACGUAUCAGGAAUUAUCGAUAACUACUAAAAUCGUCAGUUAUUAUGCAUAUUCCCUGUCCAAAUUAGAAAUUAUGCGUGAUCUUCAUCUACUUCCAUCACAACAGCAAUUACAUUGCGGAAAGAUCCACGAGCAUGGUCGACAUCCGGAAUAGGAGCAGUGACAUUAGUACCUACUAAACAUGGCGAAUAUUUUGAAUUGGAUGUCUUUAUGUGCUUGCUGUUGAAGAUUUUGUGAUGCUUCACUUCUUAUUUCCAAAAUUUGUGUAUUUCGAUUUUCUAGUGCUUUGGGAAUAUUAUUUGGGUUGUUUUCGUUAUUAUCUGUUUCCUGUUCAUCUAUCUCAUAGUCGUAACUUUGCAAAAAAAACAUCCAAAUCCUCCUCAGUAACAAUUUUCCAACUUUCGGUUCACAGCCAAACAAAGCUUUAUAUGGCGACAUUUUCACUCCAGCAUGGAAAUAUCUAUUUUUCAUAAAUUGCACUGUAGAUAAACCUUUCGACCAUUCGCUAGUUUUGUUGUCGGACAUCCAGGUGGUUAGCAUUGCCUCAACAUCGGCGUUUGCUCGUUCGACACUCCCUUGACUUUGGCUGUGAUGGGGUUUUCCAUUUACCAAUUUCAGACCUGGUCAUUCCACUGUUAAGUUUCGUAUUAUUUAAUUAACGAACUCUCUUCCAUUAUCAUUGAAAUAAAAAAACUCAUAAAAUAGAAGUAAAAGCUUUAACAGUUAGGUAGUAGGUACCUGUGUAAUAUCGAUGGAGCUCCAAAAAUACAAAAAAUAUUUAUACUUCUUUGAUUUUAAUCCAUGUAACAUAAGAAAUUUAGUCAGAUGAUCUUGGUAUACAAGUAUAAACUUAAAUUCACCAUCAGCUUCAGACUGCAUAUCUAUCAAGUCGACUUGAGCACGGCUAUUAAAUUCUUUGUGAAUUAUUGGUUUUACAGUGAUACCUAUUCGCUUUUUGGAUCGCUUUAAAUGACAAACUUCGCAAAGUGAAAAGUAUAUUGAAAUAAUUUCUUGUGUAAUAUUCGAAUACUGUUUGGACAUUUCAGUCUUCAUUCGAUCUCUUCCUCCGUGACCUAUACUUCUGUGACAAACGGUUAAAAUAUCAAACAUUUCUUCAACGGGAUCAACAUAGCGAACAUCUCGUAUGUCAAUCACUAUAUUAUUAGAAUCUUCAUUAUUUUCCUUUCUCGUUUGUUCUUUAUUUCGCGUUACAAGCUUUUCAAUAUUUCCGACUUCAACAAUUCCAAAUCUUUUAAGUCUACGAUACUGUAAUGCAGUUUUGGGACCAUUAUUUGAAGAAGCAUCCCUAACCUAGAGAAAAACAUCAAGAAUUAAACGUCAAAAUAUAGAUGCUAUAUUAGUUUAAAAUCAUUCUCACCUCGGAUAAAAGCACGUCAUAUUCAUCCUUGAAUAAAAUGUUUAAUCGUGAGUUUGUUCUUCCCUUCAACUUUUUAACUUUACCGAAAAAUUUAAAUUUAAUGUUAUCAACAGGUAGUGCAGUCAUUGCGAUGAGAAACUCCAACAAUAAAACAAUCAAAACCUAGGUAACCUUAAACUUCAACGCACACUUCAACGUACGACCAGUCGUAUUUUGUGAGGUUACAUGUAUAAUCACUAAUAUACACAGCAGAUAUUAUGCAUAAUUCCUAUUGCUGUGUCAGUUAUUAUCAAUAUUUACUAAAAAUAUGGCGAUACUUUGCAUAAUUACUGACGAUUUUAGUAGUUAUCGAUAAUUCAUGAUAUCCUGAUACGCGCCGUUAUUUUGCAUACUAACCGUCGGUUUUAGUAUUUAUGCAUAAUUCCUAUUAUGUGUAGUUAUUAUGCAUAUUAGCGGAUUUAGGAUAUUAGCGGUAAUAGAUACAUCUAUUUAAUCUAUUGUUUUUGAGUAAAACCGAUCUUUAUUUUUAUUAGUUUAUUUAGAUACGCUCAUUUUUGUUCCGUUUAAGCAUAAUUCGUGAUUUUUGGAAAUUGUGCAAUAAAAGCAUAACAUCAGUUUUAUUUAUUAAAGGUGUUUUAGAAAAAAACUGUAGAAAACAAUUCCAAAUAAAAUCCUUUAUUUUCGUGCAGAUAGUUUAAGCAUCUGAUAUGGAAAAAGUUUAAAAUUUCAGAGGCAUCACUUUGGAGCGUCAUAAGCUAUUGGCGCUUUGACCGAUUAUGUUUACACGCUGUUCAAUUUUUACAGAUAUGUUUGGAUCGCCCUGUAUGAGUGUAGCACUUGUGGCUAAUUUUACGAUAUUUGUACAAGGAGCGGUUCAUGCGAGGGAAUAGCUAUUUUUAGAAAUAAACGUGAACAUGCUUGAUCCUUCCAUAUUUUUUAGGUAAAUAAGUUUUGAAUCACAGUUUAUUGUUGAAUUAAAAUAACAUUUAAGGCUUCCCAGUUCCACCAUAUAUUCCGUUGUAAAACAUGCAGUCGUAGUUCUCGUCUAACUCAUUUGUUUUUUGGGAUGCAAACAAGAAAUCUGGUCAUAUGAAAGUGAUGUGCUUGAUGUAGUGAAUUACUUUCGAUUUUUAAGUUUUCAUGAAAAAAAAAUUGUAGAAUUAAAAAUUGUACAUUCUUAAGUACCUAUGUGGUUAAAGAAGCAACCAUGAUAUCGGACAAGGGAAUCAUCUUCAAAAAUAACUUGAAAAUCUUGCAAAAUGGUAAGCUGGCUUCAGCCUCAUAUCCUCACCGUGUCGAACUUCCUACAUCCAGAACUGGCCGAUAUGACCGCUUCUUUGUCCUUAGGGUAUCGAGAUUGUGGAAAAAUCUAUAAGAGGAGGCUUUUUCCAGUUCUAAUAACCUUAGGCAGUUCAAAAAUCGGAUUAGCAACCUUUCUUUGGGAUCCUCAUAGCAGCCGCGGUGUCCUGGGAUUUAGGCUUCUGCCUGCACGGCUGCUUCUGUGUAAAAAUGUCCAACGUUCCAUAGUCAACCUAUUUGCUUCACCAUUUUUUUCUAAGCUCAAAAAGUGUUUCACAAUUUUACAUCACCUUGUUUUAUAAUGGGGUGCAAUAGAACCAACUAAGCAGUUUUUAUGAAAAAGACAUCUGGAUCUAUAGAAAAAAAAAUGUGUUUAUUUUCGGAGCGAGCAGCUUAUGCUAUUUGAUACCUAUUAAGUUUUGAAUCCUAAAGAUCCUCCUAAAGAUCUGAAUAGCUCGUUCACACAUAUCGCGGGGAAUAACGUUAACUUCUUCAACAAGCCAUUCUCUUAGGUAUAAUAGAGUAUGGGGAGCAUUUCUAAACACUUUUUGCUUUAGAUAGUCACUCUAGACGCUCGAAUCUUUUGACCUUACAGGCCACCCUAUAACAUUUUUCAACGAGACAAGACGUCCUGCAAACAUUUCUAUCAAAACAUUUAUUGAAUGUUGAGCUGUGUGCGUGGGCUUCGCAUAGAGAUAACUUUCUGUGAAAGUGUACCUGCCCUCAAAACUUUUUGAAGAGCAGAACUGUAUCUGACCCCGAAACUGAAGGGCGGAUCUACCAAAUCUUUUCAGCGGGUCAAAUCACCAAAAUAGUACACAAAAAAUGCUAAAUAUGCAAAUUUUAAGAUCGAACAGGAUUUUUAGAGGGGCGGGGCCCCCUCGCAGCCCCGUACGGGCGUCCAUGGCUGUGUGAGCUGCAAUUCCAUAAACAAGUUUUCUAAUCCCAACCCAAGUUGGAAGAAUUCCUUGAGGCAGAGGGAUUAGGGACUGUCCUAUGUGUUUUGCUGCCUAUACCUAGUGUUACGGAACUUCUAUUCCAGAAACAACCCUAUCUUUAGCUUCAAAGUUCAAUAUGUCAGAACCGUUGCUAGGUCGAUAUUUUUUGUAUAUUAUUUACAUUUGUAUAUUAGAAUUACCCAUUCACGUAUUACCCCUUCGAAUAGUGUAAGAAAGUACAAAAAGUUAACCGCAUACCUAAAAGGCGGUCUGUAAAUUAAGUGAUUUUUUUAUUCAAAUAUAAUUACAAUUUUAUGUUGUCACCCUCAAAAUAACUUCCUUCUGAAGUUACACAGCGCUGAAGACGGUGCUUCCACUCCUCGUAGCAGGGCUGGAACUCCGAUACUGGAAUAGCCUUCAGCUGGUCGGUUACAGCCGUUUGAAUGUUUUCGACUGUCCCAAAUUGAGUUCCCUUGAGGUGAUUUUUCAACUUCGGGGUUAAAUAAAAGUAUCUAAGACUCAAGUCAGGUGAAUAAGGAGAUUGAGGAGCCACAGGAAUGUUUUUACUAGCCCAAAACUCGUUUGUUGACAUUGCUGUGUGACAUUAUCGUGAUGCAAUACCCAGUUUUUGGUGAUCUAAUGAACGGUGAUGUGAGUCAAAUUUAACUCUUCCCGAUCAUUCGGACUGUCAACCAACGUUGUGACGCUCAAGGUGUCGAUGUUUUCGUCGGUUCUUGAAAAUGAAGGCUUUCCGCUUAGUGGUUCAUCUUCAACCGACUUCUGGAAAUGCCUUAAACCGCCAAAAAACCUGGGCUCUUGACAAAACACUAUCCCCGUAGGUCUGGGUUUCCAUUGCACUGUGCCCAAAUCUGAAGCAAAGGCUGAUAGUAUGCCGUUGAUCGAAAUUGAUAUCACAAUAGAAGAAAAAACUGUUCGGACUGUACGGACAACCAAAUGACUCGAGCGAGUUCAAACGUGUACUGAUGCCGGAUCUCCUGUUUCCCUAUCUCCCUUCCAAGCCCGGUGCCUCCAGUGUUGCCAGAUCGAACGCUACGUUGCCAGUCUCAUCACUUAAUUUACAGACCUAGUAGUAUAGUGCUACGUUAUUUCCAUCAUGCGUUUAUGGAACACCGACAGUUUAUAUUUACUCAGAAAAAACAUUUACACCGAAGAACUUAUGCAAAUGUAAUAAAAGUCUUCAGUGCAAUUUGAGCGUAAAUCACUAUUUUUUUCGCUCAGAGAUUCGUACGGCAAUAUUCCUAGAGCUGAUUUAAAACUUCGCAUUCUCCUUGUAUGAAUUUAAAGCAGAAUUUUGAAAACGACUCGAUGCUACUACUAAGGUGCAACAGCUUAAAGCCGCAGACUGUCAAUAAGUAAUUUUUAUCAAUAAUAACUUGCAUUGAUGAAAAUUAUUUCGUUAUAUAGGUCUAGUAUAUUUUACGAAUACGAUGUUAAUUUAAUACAAACUGUAAAUAGUUGAUUUUAUAUUUUGUAAAAGAUUCAUCUUCUUCGCUGUUUGGGGCGGAGAUGAGGCAUUGCCGAUUCUCAGCCUUUUGGGGUGUGUAUGUAUUUCGAACUUUUAUGUACAUUUUCUGUUCAGAUGCCCCAAUAAAUAUUAUUACUAUUA